UGACUUUUUGAAGUUCGGACUCAGGCAGCACAGCUGAGACUGAGCAAACAGCGGACAGUCACGUUGUCGUAAGCGACUUUUCGUUCAUUAAAUGGGGUUUGUCAGAGGAUUUCGCCACCAGAUUGUGAUGUUUUUCACCAGCUAGAGUCUGCGCCUUCGCGACGAGUACCAGCGAAAAUAAAGCUCCCCUGUACAGCGAGCCAGCGUCAUGUCGAAGAUGAAGAAGCCCGACGUCAAGAUUGUUCUCCUGGGGGACAUGAACGUGGGGAAGACGUCCCUGCUCCACAGGUACAUGGAAAGGAAGUUCAAAGAGACCGUGAGCACCGUCGGAGGAGCGUUUUUCCUCAAACAGUGGGGACCUUACAAUAUCUCAAUAUGGGACACAGCCGGCCGGGAACAGUUCCACGGUCUGGGAUCCAUGUACUGCCGAGGUGCAGCCGCAGUCAUCCUUACUUACGACGUCACCAACUGGCAGAGCCUAGCUGAGCUGGAGGAGCGCUUCCUGUCUCUGACUGAUACUGCUAACCAUGACUGCAUCUACGCGUUAGUGGGAAACAAGACAGACCUCACAGACUCCAAAGCCCAACUAUUCCAGGACUCAGAUGGACCCGUCAAGGACCGAACUGAGUGUGAGGAGGAGUGUGAGGUGUUGUCUGGCUGUCCCACCCCACCAGCCUCUCCUACAUCCCUCCCUGGCGUGAUGCUUCGCAAACAGGUGAUAAAUGAGGAUGCUGUGGCUCUUUAUGGGAGAAUACUGCGCUACAAAGGCCUGGAUGAAAAGAGCAGCUUACCAGCAGAGAAGAUGUGCUUUGAGACAAGUGCCAAGACCGGCUAUAAUGUGGACACUCUGUUUGAGUCACUGUUUGAUCUGGUGUUGCCUUCCAUCCUGAGGAAGAGGCACGAGAACCAGCAAUCUCCUACUGUGGAUCUGGAGGAAUGCAGGGCGCUCGGUAGCAAGAAGGCCAGAUCUGGCUGCUGUUAGGGGCCAAAGUGAGGUGAGGAGGCUCCCACCUGUAGACUCAUUUUUAAUCAAAGAAAAUCAGCAGGAUAGUCUGACAGCCAAAUGCAUACUGUGAUGGUACUUGUCUUUGUUUCUUUUUUUUUUUUUUUUUUUUGCCUUGUCUGAGACCAAAUUGUAUUAAUGACCUCGCAAUAAAACAUACGCAACUACAUUUCUGAUGCUGUGAAGCUGGUCCAGAGGAGCAAAGAAGAGUUCAUACUGUCCAGAGAGACUUUUCUGUAUUUUUUUGUAAGGAAGGGACAUAAAUGAAUGCUGCAGUAUCACUCUUUGUUUCUGAAAGUUUUCACUCGGGCUCAAACUGCAGUUUUAGCCCAAACACGUGCCUGAUGGCCAAAGACGCAGAUUACAAGUCGAUCACUGCUGUUUGUCAGUGUUUUGCCACAAGAAUUUCACACAUGUAACAGCACUAAUUAGUUAGGCUGCACCUUGCACUGUUUAUGAUGGAUUUUAAGGUUUUUUAUUAAUCAAAAAUGAAGUUCUGUCACUAGUGUUGAUGCCGAUCUUUAUAUUUUAUUGGGACUUUUGGAACUUUGAUGAGUGUAAAGAAUACCGCAGUGGAAUUUUUACGUGUCCUGUCAUAAUAAAGUUUUUUCUAUUUU